CCAGCUUGCAUUGCUCUUUGUGCUCAUGGAAGUUAAAAGCAGUGUUGCGGAAAACCAUUCUGAUCACAACCACCACCCUUCACAUUCCUAUAGCAACCACCACCAUGGAAGUUUUCCUUCCAAGUUGGCUCUCAUUAUCAUCAUUUCCAUCGUCUCUGUCACGGUCAUUCUUGCUAUAACCCUCAUCAUACUGUUGCUCAGACGGCUCAAAUCAGCCAAAACCAGUGGCAGCCACAUUGAUGAUGAGAAGGGAAGCUUGAACAAUACAAGUUGCAGGUCCAUUGUUCAAAACUCCAUGAACUUCGGUUGUAGUCCAGAUGUGAAGGGCGGGUGUCUUCAAGGAGGGAACUUGGGAAGGUCAAUGAGGACACCAGGGGCAAUCACAACACCAACUAGAUACAGAGGAGUUCAAGUGUUGUCAUACAAGGAACUCGAGGAGGCCACCAAUAAGUUUAGCGAGGCAAAUGUGAUGGGCCGUGGAGGGUUUGGAGUGGUGUAUAGGGGAGUUCUUCGUGAUGGAACCAUGGCAGCCAUUAAGAUGCUGCACAGGGAAGGAAGGCAAGGGGAGCGUGCUUUCAGGCUUGAGGUUGAUCUGCUAAGCCGAUUGCAGUCUCCAUACUUGGUGGAGCUACUUGGUUAUUGUGCUGACCAGCAUCAUAGGCUGCUUGUAUUUGAAUGCAUGCACAAUGGUACUCUUCAAGACCAUCUCCAUUCUCGAAACCAUCAGCAGCCGUUGGAUUGGGGUACGCGAUUGAGGAUAGCACUCGACUGUGCCAAGGCCCUUGAGUUCCUCCAUGAGAGAAACAUCCCAUCUGUUAUUCACCGUGACUUCAAGUGCAGCAAUGUUCUUCUUGAUGAAAACUUCCGGGCCAAGGUGUCUGAUUUCGGGUUGGCCAAGAUGGCUUCAGACAAGAUUAACGGGCAGGUUUCGACACGAGUGCUUGGGACCACUGGAUAUCUAGCACCAGAGUAUGCCUCAACUGGAAAGCUUACAACAAAAUCAGAUGUUUACAGCUACGGCGUGGUUCUUUUAGAGCUGUUGACAGGGCGAGUACCAGUAGAUACCAAGCGGCCUUCUGGAGAGCAUGUCCUUGUCUCAUGGGCUCUUCCAAGGCUAACUAACAGAGAAAAAGUAGUGCAAAUGGUUGAUCCAGCUCUUAAAGGGCAAUACUCAAAGAGGGAUCUCAUUCAGGUAGCAGCUAUUGCAGCAAUGUGUGUGCAGCCAGAAGCCGAAUAUCGGCCUCUAAUGGCUGAUGUCGUACCCUCUCUAAUUCCACUGGUUAAAAACUCCUCUUAUGUUGGUUCCUCUGGCUCCUCUAGAUUUCAAGUUCAAGUAGCAAGUCCAAGGUAUUAGGCUUAGGGGUCUGUGAAGGCUGCAACUAGAAGUGAACUAUUGGUAAUUUGGUACAUAUAUGAGACUAGCCUUUGGGUUUUGACAGAUCAAUCUUCUCAUGGGAACUCAGAAAAAUUGUGGAACUCUCGAGCGAAAACGAUCAUGUCCAUCUAGUAAAUUGAGUUUGAGUACCCUUGAACUUAUAAAGGCAAAGCCUUUCAUGUGGUUCACUCCAAGAUCAUAGUGCUGAUCACCACAGAACCACACUAACAGCGGCCAAUGCACAAGAAGAAGAUGCAUGCUUGAAAGCUGGCAUGGAUGAUGUGAUCAACUUAGAAGGCGGUUUGGGGACUUUAGCUUGUGACUUGUCUCCUGUACAUUUUCAACACCAUUUUUCUGUUCUAUGUUCUUUAUCAAUGAAGGUGCUAUAAGAUGGCCUUUAACUAUUUUUGGAUGUGGAAAUUUUCCCAGCCAUAUAGAAUUUUAUUUUACUGUUCUUGAUAUGGAAUUAUCGAUCAAUGACUAGAAAUAUUGAGAAUCCUAGUUCAACAAUGAGGUCGAUCGAGAUCGACUAGGAUUCCUGAUUUCUUUUGGGUAAAUAAACUACUUGCCAAAAGUUGUACUGCUGUAUACCUUUGAGGUAACAUGUCAAUUGCUCUCUAUAAAUAACCAAACCUCGUUGCAUGUUUCUCUCACACAG